CAGACGUCUCUAUCUUCCUUUAUAUUACACAAUCUUAACACUCCAAGUAUCAUCCGAAACAAGUACUAAACAAGAACUAAAUCAAAGACGCAUCUUGGUCGUUUAUUCAGCUUGAUCUCACUUGCUUAACAGAUCCAUCUCCGAGAACCAGCUAUGGCGGUCCGAUCAACAGGUACUCACUUGAAAAGCAUGGUGCAAAGGCUAAGGACUUACGCUACAGCGACUACACCAAAACCCAAGGCCUACUCUCCAACGGCAGAGUACGGUGGUCAGAGACCAGCAGCUACUACGAAGGCGACAAAAGGUGAUUUCAUGCCCGUCUAUGUCUCCAUAGGGAUGAUUUCACUGUCGGUGUCGUUCGGCCUCUACACUGCGUAUCUCCACCUCCACGAAAACCCGAGCGUUCGUGUCAACAAGAAGACGAGAGAGACUGUUCCCGAGGUUGAAGAUCCGGAUAGAGUUAUAAAUGAAGCGGACAGGUUGGCUAAUAGGUCGUGGUUUAGGAAACUCGCUCACGUCCAAGACUUUGACAAACAGGAUGUCAUUCCUGACCCAAUUAGAAAAGACCAUUUCGCUCAUAAGCCUCGUGCCGUGACGCUAAAGGAUGUUGGCGUUGAUCCAAAGAUGUCUGCUGCUAACUGAUGUAUUGUCUCCGGUCCAUGAACUUAAUAGUUAAUUCACGUCUGAAUAAAGCUGGUUUUUUUUUUUUUUUUGAAUGGGUCUACUAAUGUUUUAUCCUGUUUUGCAUCAAUGUAUUUUGUGGUAAUGAACAGUAUGUAAAUUACUUAAUAAAAUUU